AUGGAGCACGCCUGGCACUCCAACGCCCAAAACUACACCAACUCCACCCGCCGCGACCUCCUCACCCGCCUCACCACCAACCUCCCCGGCUUCGCCCUCACCCUCGAAGAACGCCGCAUCCUAAUCCGCAGCCCCCUCCUCGACAUCUACGCCGGCCCCCACCUCCUCUUCCGCGCCCAACCAAAACUCAUCCUGUACUACUGCCCCUCCCUAACCCGCUACCUCACACCCCCGUCCUCCCCGUCCUCCCCUGAGUCCCUCUGCCUCCCGCCCCACUCCACCGACCGCCCCUCCCUGCGCCUCGUCCUCGAGCACCUCCGCGCCAAAGCCCUCAGCAUCGUCGAAGACGCCCCACCCCUGCUCCCGCCCGCAGGUCUCGUCCCCGCAAUCCGCCUCGUGGAAACCGCGAAGCUCUUCGGGCUCCCCGAAGCGCGGGCGCUGGACACGCGCAUCUUCCGGCGCUUGCGCUACGCGCAGCUUAGCGCCGCGGACGUCGCGGCGAUAUGGGAUACCCUGCGCGACACGAUCUGGGUGCCGCGGAUGGCGGCGUGGCUGCGGGCGCACCGGGCGCGGGGAGAUGUGAGGGACUGGGUGGGGAUUAAUCGGGUCAUGGUUGAGAAGCGGGAGUUGGCGGGGUAUAUGGUGCGGUUUGGGCGGGAGGGGAGGCGGGAUUUGGAGGAUCCGGGGUUGUGGAGUGUGGAGGAGAGGGAAGCGAGAGGGGAGAGGGAGAGGGAGAAGGAGAGGUUGGGUGUGUUGAGGGAGAGGAAGAGGGAGGCGGAGGCGGUGGAGAGGAGGAUGGAGGAGAGGAAGGCGAAUCCGCAGCUGAUUAGGCGGUUGAGUGAGAGGAGGCGGAGUAUUAUGCAGAUUGUGGAGCGGGUGCAUGCGGAGCAGGCGGUGUUGAGGAAGAGUAUUGUGGGGAGGAGAUGGCGAGCGCUGAUUGUGGUUGUGAGGGUUGUGGUUAUUUUGGCAAGGGGAUUGGGGUUUAGGUGGGCGGAUGAGGAGUUUUAUUGA